GAGAAAAAAAAAGCGAGCGAGCGAAGCCACUUCCCCCGCACCGCCUCCUCCGCCCGCCGCCGCCGCCUGGCAUCUGGAGUACAAGUUGCCGAUGAGGUAUGCCGUAUCUUCUAUGACAUGAAAGUGCGGAAGUGCUCUACGCCUGAGGAAAUCAAGAAGAGGAAGAAGGCUGUCAUCUUCUGCCUCAGUCCAGACAAAAAGUGCAUUAUCGUGGAAGAAGGCAAAGAGAUUCUAGUGGGAGAUGUCGGUGUGACAGUUACCGACCCUUUCAAGCAUUUUGUGCAGAUGCUUCCUGAGAAGGAUUGCCGUUAUGCCUUGUAUGAUGCAAGCUUCGAGACCAAGGAAUCCAAAAAAGAAGAGCUGAUGUUCUUCUUGUGGGCACCAGAACAAGCACCUCUCAAAAGUAAGAUGAUCUACGCAAGCUCCAAGGAUGCAAUCAAAAAGAAGUUUCAAGGCAUAAAGCAUGAAUGCCAAGCAAAUGGGCCAGAGGACCUCAACCGAGCUUGUAUUGCUGAGAAGCUAGGAGGCUCCCUAGUCGUAGCUUUUGAAGGAAGUCCCGUGUAGAUGUCAUACAGUGCCACAACUCUACAAGCAUUCCAUGUUUUAAUAUAUCAGUUAUGUAAAACAUCCAUUCUAGGCAAGGGUUUCACUAACUGUAGGGAAGCUGUCAUAGAAUAAAGUAGAUUAUGAAGAUGUAGCUUGUAUGUACAAAUGACCAUAAAUAAAUCAAAUUAAGGAUUUAUCUUGGUGUAUUAAUAUUUGCAUUGGUUGUCCAGCCCAAUACUGUCCCCAGCUGAUUAACACUAAAGGUCUCCAAAACAUUUUGGUCCAGUGCAGCAGUGUGUCGUGCGAUGUAAGGGGUGGGAGGUUUGAGAACAGUCUGGUUCCUGUUCUUUUCUAAAUUGUAAUUAAGGUAAACUCAGUUAGUCUUUUCGAGGCUACUGGCCAAAUUGCCAAACUCAAAACUUUCCCCUGUAACUGUAUGAUGCAAAACUGAAAAGCUGUAAACCUGUAGUUAAAGGUAGGCUAAAGCAACCUGUUAGCACCAGAACAGGUUAAACUCUGCGUGCUUGCAGUUGCAGAGCCAUACUAAUUCAGGUUAAUUAUGAAAUCAAAAUAGAGAUAAAAUAGACACGCUUUUCUGGAGAAAGAGUCCUAAUCACUCUCAUAAACUCACUCUGCAGUGAUAUUUAAAGGUUCACUUGUUCUACAGGUUCCUUGUUAUGAAGUGUCUUGAGGUCUCUCCCAAGCCUGAACAAUUCUAUUAAAAAUGCUUUUCUGUUGACAUAGGUUAAUUUAGAACUACCUUAGUUUCACUAAUACACACUUAUAGCGGAUCGGAUGCUUCUAAGGCUUUUACAAGUGCAGAUUCUUACAUCAGAGCUCUCCAGCUAUGGGUAGUACGACGAGAAGGAGCCACUUGAAAAAUAUUACGAGAUGAAAAGUGGUGUUCUCAGCCCCAGUCUUUGGUCACUUGGUCCAUUUGUCCAUAAUUACUAUUGAUUUAACUUAGUAGAACCAAUCAGCCUGACUAAUACGGCUCGAUCUGGGCUUUUUGUCUGUUAGCUUCUUUAAUUCUGUAGAAAUGCAUGGAAAUAUCACCUACUAGAAAGUUUGACCUGAAAUGCCUUUUGUAUGGGGGGGGAGGGGGGUAGAGAACAUUCCUGUGCCAGCUACAGAGAUCUUAAAAGCUUCCAUGUUUCACCAGUGGUUGAUUAAAGCUGUUUCCUUUGUGUAAUGUGUACAUGGGAGUUGCAUAGAGUUUUCCUGUAUGUCUGUAGAGAAAAAAAAAGAAAAGAAAAAAAAACAAA